CUCUCUUUCUCCCUCCCUUCCCUCUUUAAAAAUAAAUAAAUAAAAUCUUUAAAAAAAAACGGUUGGAGAAAACUUCUAUAUACCAGCACAGAGACCAAAAGAAAGUAAUUGAUUUGCUCCUUGAUUAUGAAACCAAAACUGAGUGAUUGGUGUAAUCCAAAUGUAAUCCAAAUGAAAAUGUUGGGGGUGACAACAUGUUUCUACCCUUUUGUCUGAAUGUCUGUAACAUCUGUGACACCUGGCCUCAUGGAAGUAUCAUUCUUCUUAGAUAUAUUCAGAGAAAAAUGAUGAUGUUGACUUAUUGCAACAUAGGGCUGUUAGAAUUCCAUUCAGAACAUGGUAAUGUUUUACUUGAAAGUCACUACAUUUCUUAACGGCCUAAUAAAUAAAUGCAAACCUUUCUCGUAUCCGCUACCUAACAGAUUUCCGACACAAACUCAGAACCUAUCACACGUUGCUGGGUAAACUCUUUCAAUCACAAAGUUUCCCUGUCCAGUCUAAGGCAAAGGAUGUAAUUUAACAAGACUCUUGGAUGUGAUCCUGAUGCCUGGACAAUUUGGGGAACAUGACACUCAAUUACUCUUGCUUGUCUAUCGCUCUUCUCUCAGACACCACUAAGGCUUCUACAGAGAAAAUCUGGUUUUGUAGUCCCAGAUGAGCCUCGCAGGUGUAAUUCACUAAUAACCUAAAUACUACACACGUGCUUCUCCAAGUUCAAGUUCAGACAGACACUCAACACCAGACCCAGGCCACUUGGAUUGAAUUCAAGUUGGAGAAACUGGAACUGUAACAGCAGGUGGCUGAAAAAGAACUGAAAUGUAUUUGAGAAGUAGCUGAGGGAAUAGAAAUGAGAUUACAAAGACACUCAUGAAAACAGAGACGUUGCGGAGACCUGAGGUAGCCCACGCAUUCCUAAGUCCGUGAGACAAAGCAAAGACUUAAGACUCACAUGCGGCAAACCUCCUUUGUCAUCUGACUUUGGCCCCUAAAACCCAGGGCUAAAGCAAAUUAAAUGUCAUGCCUGUAAUGAUGUCCAAGAUGACCCUCAUCAGUGCAUGUCACUCCCACACUUGAAUCCAAAUGACAGGGAAGAAAAUGAAAAUCAAAACAAACAAAAAAAGCCAACCCAACUAAAUACCAGACUGAAGAAACUUACUCUGAAAAGCUGGCAUUCCAAAUAGGCCAUCACUAGAUUUGUCAGAAUAAUAGGCUCCUUAUUAAAAAAAAAAAAGCCAAAGCGAAUAUUCUUCUUCUGUCCCUACUUAUUUCCUUGUUUACUUGGGCUUUUUUACUUGCUGUAAGCCAGUUUCAGCCUCUGAAUUAACUUUUGCACUUCACAUUUUAAGAAGAAAUAAAACCGCGUCCAUUAUGAAUUUUUGGUCAUUCAAAGAUAUUGAGGAACUUCAGGUAAAAUCAUUUUAUGUUGAAUUUUUCCAAGUUUUAAUAUAUCCCUUUAUAAAGAAUGUGCUACAUUUAAUAGCACAGUGUUUUCAACGCAAUCAAAGUGACAGUCAUGAAAGGUUUGUUCAUAUUUAUCUUGGAAUGUCUGAAUAUUACAGUGUUAAACACAUGUCCAGUUUUCUUUCGAUUUUUUUUUUGUUAUUUUGUUAUACGAAUCCUUUAUAUUAGAUAUCCAUGGUCACCUUUUUGAGGAGCUAUUAAGCUGUGAUCCAACAAAAUUGCUCUCGUGGAAGAAGUUGGCCCGAGAUUUUGGAAGAACGGGUUUCAGACUCUAGUUUCAUUACAAGGAACUGGGGAUCUACACCGUGUCACCGAACCUACACGCUCCGUCUGUCUCAUCAGAACGUAGUAUCACGUGGUAUUGCUGCACUUCCUCCCAAGCCACAGGACCACGAGUAUACACUAGGAGAUCUGAAAAACCUCAGGGCGGUGGGCAGAUUUCUGAGAAGCAACUCCAGCUCUUCGGGGGUCUCCAGCUCCAGCCUCUGGUCUGCACUGCACCUUCUUAGGCCCCGGGGCUGAGAGCCUGCAGGCAGUGGCUGGCCUUGAUUGGGAAACGAGAAGGUUCUGCGUGGGAUGGUCUGGGCUCCACAUAAGCAGGCUCAGCCGCAGGCUGGCUUGCCGGCAGCGUUGGGACCGGCCGUGGUCAGAGGGGAGUGAUUGCUCCGAAGUCUGCUUUCUUCUGAGAACACAGGCCCGAGGAGGAGAAAAUGGCUCUUUCAUUCCUAAGGGUAAUAUCGCAGGAGUCGGUGAAAUUCAGAGACGUGGGCGUGGUCUUUUCUGCGGACCAGUGGGCUCAUCUGAGCCCCGAAGAGAGGCGACUGUAUAAGGACGUGAUGCUGGAUAACUGUGACUACCUCGUGUCUCUGGGACACUGGACUUACAAGGCAGAAGCGAUAUCCUCUUUGAAGCAAGGGAAGUUGUCCAGCAUGCUGGAGAGCGAGGUGACAAGUCCCCCGUGCCCAGCGUGUCAACCGGCGCUGGUGAAUUACCACGCCCCUAAUGAACCUGGGAAUACCUUCAAACGAAGCUCUCUCCCUGCGAGGGAUCCGACACCUGGCCCUUCUGUCCAGCGUCAUGAGUGCGAGGACUGCCACGUCGCUUUCAGCCACCUCUCCCACCUCAUUGGACAUCGGAGAAUUCACAAGGUGGUGAGAGCCCACAGUUGGGGUGAAAAUGCAGAGGCCUUUAGGCAUCGCUCAUCAUUCACAACACCCCAAAGAACACAUAUUCUAGACCAACCCUUCGAAUGUAGCCAAUGCGGCCAAACCUUCGACAGAGCUUCAAAGUUUAUUCAGCAUCGAAACACGCACCAUGGAUCGAAACCAUACGAAUGUGAUGUGUGCCAGAAGACCUUUAGGUUUCUCUCCUCCUUCCACACGCAUCGGCAAUUUCAUGCUGGCAAGAAACCCAACCGGAUUCGGCAUCAGAAAAUUCACACGCAAAAGAGAGUCUUCGCCUGCAAAGUCUGUGCAAGGACCUUCCCCACCUUCUCAGACAGAUAUCAGCACCAGAAAAGUCACGUUAGAAAGAAAUACUACACAUGUAAUUACUGCAACAAGGACUUCAAUCCAUACACGAAAUUCCUCCUGCAUCAAAGGGUUCACACUGAGGAGAGACCCUACAAGUGUAAUGAUUGUGGAAAAUCCUUUAAAAGCACCUCGAAUCUGAAUAAACAUCAAAAAGUUCACACAGGAGAGAAGGCCUUCUCAUGUAGCGAAUGCACGAAAACCUAUCAGCAGCUCGUGGACCUCCAACGCCAUCAACAAAUCCAUACCGGAGAGAAACGGUAUAUAUGUACGAACUGUAGGAAGACCUUCGUCCGUUUCUCAGAUCUAACUCGCCACCAAACAACUCACACGGGAGAAAGACCCUACCAAUGUACGGUUUGUGAAAAAACCUUCAGACACCACUCGAACCUUUUUAAACAUCGAAAACGUCAUUCUGACGAGAAGCCCUUCAAAUGUGACAAAUGUGAAAAGGCCUUUUGGUUUGGUUCAGACCUGAAUCAGCAUAAAAUCAUUCAUACUGAAGAGAAGCCCUAUAAAUGUGACGAAUGUCAGAAGAGUUUUAACAAUUGCUCAAAUCUUUAUAAACACAUGAAAAUCCAUACUGGAGAGAAACCCUUUGUGUGCGAUCAAUGUGGAAAAGCUUUCAGCAUGAACUCAAAACUUGCUCGACAUCAGAAAGUUCAUGAUAAGAAGAAACCCUAAAAAGAUAGAGAAGACACAAAAAGGCAGGUAUACGUCACUUAUUUUACUAGAAAUUGGAAAUUAAACCCAAGAGAUCAGUGUGGAAAGGUUUUUACUCAAAGCCCAAUUCUCCUGCAUGAAUUCAUCCUAUAUGGCCCAUUUUAGAAAUAUAAAUACAUAUAUGUUGAAGAAACAGGGAUAUGUGAUCAGACAUGUGCUUCUUACAUUGCAUUGACUUGAUUCUUUGAGCAAAAAUGGCUGAACACAUUCAGCCAAAACUUGAAAUUGGAUAAGGCAGUUCCUAUUGUGAGGGGUUGGUUAAGAGGGAGCUGGAAGGGUGUAGUGAAAAGAACAUAGUCAUUUUGCUGUCUGCUCAUAAUCUAUUUUUACUGGAUGAAUAAAAUCAUUCCUUUAACAGAGGUAGCUCGCUAAAGCUGUAAAUGGUUUUUUUUUGACUCUAGCCCCUAAAGCUGUAAACUUUUGUAGGGGGAUGAUGCAACCCUAAUCUAAGCCUAAAUCAGGAAAACAAAAGCUAUCUCUUUGGAAUUAGGAAUUAAAACCACGAGGGAAGGAGACUCUUUGCUGGUGAAUAAUGAAAAACCAUCAUGAGGCAAAAAACUAAAGUAUGACGAGUUAAGAGGGUGGACACGGGAAAUCUAAAGGUCACGGGUUGGUUUCUGCUGCCUUGUCUAAGCGGAUGUGACUCAGACACGCCCAGCCUGCCGGAACAAUUAGCUCGAUUCUCAGAUGUAUCUAGAGAACCAAGGGGACUUGGAGAAAUGACAAGGGUUUUAGGACUUAGAUUCAGGACACCGAGACUCUGUUACUUGUAGUGUGGUCUUAUUUGUCAUACGUUGAUUUCCUGUUUGUUUUAAUAAAUGCUAAG